AUGGCUUCCAAGACCAAGUCGACUUGGUCGGUGGCUCGAGUCAUAUUCUUGGCUGCGGUCAUCGCGCUGGUAUUUGCCGGUGCGAGUUCGCCGAAGAAGACCGUCCUCGGCUCAGAAACCUCGCAGUAUUCGCUCAGUACCGAGCCAAGCGAUGACCGAAUGCAUCGCCGUUUGAGAAAGCGCACAAUCCGGGAGGACGACGACAAUUCCGAAGACAGGGGGCUCGAUAGAGUUGUCAGCUUUCUAGACAAGUUCUCCAAGAAGCCGAGCAAACAACCCGAAGUGGACAGGCUCUUUAAAUGGUUCAACCUGGCCGACCACUCCAAUCUGUUGGAGACCAAGCCGUUUCCAGAUUGGGCCGGCUUAGUUACCGACAUGUACAAGAAGAACCCUGAGGCGAGUGAGAUGGUCAUUGCCUCGACCUUGACAACCAAGCUCGGCGAUAACUCGCUAGCGAAAAUGAUCAUACAGGCCAAGAAAGCGACGAGUACCCAGUCUUCUCGGUCUUGGGCUGCAAAACUGGAGGAGGCACAACUGAAGAAUUGGUAG